GGCCUGGCCCAGGCCCUCAGUCCCAGUCUAGCCUUGCUCGGCAGCGCGUUGCCAGUUGCUGAGCCGAGUCUUCCUGUGACGCUCUCCACCCUCUCCAUCCCUCUCCACACCCCAUCCUCCACCACCCGCUCCUCCGGGGACCACUUAAGACACCGCUAGGACGCAGCAGACCUAUCAACCAAAAUGAGGGAGUGCAUCUCUGUCCACAUCGGCCAGGCGGGCGUGCAGAUCGGCAAUGCCUGCUGGGAGCUGUAUUGCCUGGAGCACGGCAUCCAGCCCGACGGUCAGAUGCCCUCCGACAAGACCCUGGGCGGCGGCGACGACUCCUUCAACACCUUCUUCAGCGAGACGGGCGCCGGCAAGCACGUGCCGCGAGCCGUGUUCGUCGACCUGGAGCCCACCGUGGUGGACGAGGUGCGCACCGGCACCUACCGCCAGCUGUUCCACCCGGAGCAGCUCAUCACGGGCAAGGAGGACGCCGCCAACAACUAUGCCCGCGGCCACUACACCAUCGGCAAGGAGAUCGUGGACCUGGUGCUGGACCGCAUCCGCAAGCUGGCGGACCAGUGCACCGGGCUCCAGGGCUUCCUCAUCUUCCACUCGUUCGGCGGCGGCACCGGCUCCGGCUUCACCUCCCUGCUCAUGGAGCGCCUGUCCGUGGACUUUGGAAAGAAGUCCAAGCUCGAGUUCUCCAUCUACCCUGCCCCUCAGGUAUCCACAGCGGUAGUCGAGCCGUACAACUCCAUCCUGACCACGCACACCACGCUGGAGCACUCGGACUGCGCCUUCAUGGUGGACAACGAGGCCAUCUACGACAUUUGCCGCCGCAACCUAGACAUCGAGCGCCCGACCUACACCAACCUCAACCGCCUCAUCGGCCAGAUCGUGUCCUCCAUCACGGCCUCGCUGCGCUUCGACGGCGCGCUCAACGUGGACCUCACCGAGUUCCAGACCAACCUGGUGCCCUACCCGCGCAUCCACUUCCCGCUGGCUACUUACGCCCCCGUCAUCUCCGCGGAGAAGGCGUACCACGAACAGCUCACCGUGGCGGAGAUCACCAACGCCUGCUUCGAGCCUGCCAACCAGAUGGUCAAGUGCGACCCCCGCCACGGGAAGUACAUGGCCUGCUGCAUGCUCUACCGAGGCGACGUGGUGCCGAAGGACGUGAACGCCGCCAUCGCCACCAUCAAGACGAAGCGCAGCAUCCAGUUCGUGGACUGGUGCCCCACCGGCUUCAAGGUGGGCAUCAACUACCAGCCGCCCACCGUGGUGCCCGGCGGCGACCUGGCCAAGGUGCAGCGCGCCGUGUGCAUGCUGUCCAACACCACGGCCAUCGCCGAGGCCUGGGCCCGCCUCGACCACAAGUUCGACCUCAUGUACGCCAAGCGCGCCUUCGUGCACUGGUACGUCGGCGAGGGCAUGGAGGAGGGCGAGUUCUCCGAGGCACGCGAGGACUUGGCCGCCCUGGAGAAGGACUACGAGGAGGUCGGCGUGGACUCGGUGGAGGGCGAGGUGGAGGAUGGCGACGAGUACUAGAGGAUGCCGAAGAAUCGACCGAGCCCCAGGCACAUGGACGGUGCAAACCUCGGCGGCGUGGUCGGGUCCGCGGUCACGCUGUUAACGUCCAAGUGUUCUAUUGUCUGUGGUCUUGCUUCUGUGUUUGGCUCCAUUCAAACAGCGCGCGCGCUACACCCAGCCCACCACACUAGAUGGAUUACCACUGCCGCUCCCUAUGGGCUCAGUACAAUGGGUGAUUAAUUUUUCUACAUUUCUAUUGUUGUUGUUUUUUAAAGUAGUGAUUUUAAACAGUUCGGAGGGUGUCCUGAUUUGAUCAGCCCGCACACUUGGAGAGUAGCCGGUGUCGUACAAACGUGGGGCUGUUAACAUACUUUUAAUUUUUGUUUCGCCUUACUUGAUGUGAUGCGUACACCUGGAUAGUGCCGUUUAUCUUAAGUUAAUAAUUUAACAACACUGUCAUUGUACUAGUGUAACUUAUUGGCUUUUUACUUUAUUUUGAAUAAAAGAGCUUGCUUUCGUGGCAAGGUCGGUUACAGAGA